AUGGGCAGCACCGAUGGAUUCCAGUACCGUGCGCUCUACCCCUACCGCAAGGAGCGCGAGGAGGACAUUGAUCUGCUGCCUGGGGACAUCCUGGUGGUGAGCAAGGGGGCCCUGCAAGCCUUGGGCUUCAAAGAUGGGGAUGAGCAGACCCCCAAUCAAAUUGGGUGGAUCCUGGGCGUCAACGAGCGGACCAAGCAGAAGGGCGACUUUCCCGGCACGUACGUGGAGUACGUGGGGCCUGUGAAGAUCUCGGUCCCUUCUCACCGGCCCCGAGUGCAGAGACCCCUGCCCGCGACGCCAGGGGCCAGCGGCUGCCAGCCCCAGGAAACAUCUCCGCAAGGGUCUCCUCUCCCGGAUUUGCAGGAGCAGUUCAGCCCUCCUGAGAUUGCACCGCCGCUGCUGGUGAAGCUGGUGGAAGCUAUUGAGAAGAAAGGGUUAGACAGCGAGAUGUUGUACAGGACAUCUGGCUCCGAACUGAGGCAAGCGCUGAGAACCGAUUGGACCCUGGGUGACCUGGAGCCCUUUGAGGUGCACUCCCUGGGCGAGGCCCUGCGGGGCUAUCUGCAGGACCUGCCCUCCCCCGUGGUGCCGGUGUCGGUGCAUGGAGACAUCCUCCGCGUCCUGCAGGAGAUCCCCCAGCCGGAGAAUUGCCGGAAGCAGCUGCUGCUGGCCCUGGAGUCGCCUGCGGUCCCGCUCCAGAACAUGCUUACCCUGCAGUUCCUGCUCCGGCAUCUGGGGAAGGUAUCGCAGCAGGCCGAGAGCAACAGCCUCCACCCUCGGGCCCUGGGAGAGAUCUUCGGCCCCCUUCUCCUCCGGCUGCCUGGCGCCAGCCCAGAGCUCAGCCCUGACUUCUCCGUGCUGUUUUUGGAGAUGCUGCUGCAGACGAAGGAAUUGGAGCCGGAACAGUUGCCUCCAGCCUUGCCUCCAAAACCGCCGAAGCCAAAGCCCAGUGCAGCCAGCUUGGCCAACGGGAACAGCGUGCCCUUGCAGGACGCCGAGUGGUACUGGGGUGACAUUUCCCGGGAGGAGGUGAACGAGAAGCUACGGGACACGCCGGAUGGUACCUUCUUGGUGCGCGACGCAUCCAGCAAGAUCCAGGGAGAGUACACGCUCACGCUCAGGAAGGGAGGCAAUAACAAGCUGAUCAAGAUCUUUCACCGGGAAGGGAAGUACGGCUUCUCGGAGCCCCUGACUUUCGGCUCAGUGGUGGAGCUCAUCACCCAUUACCGGCAUGAGUCGCUCGCCCAGUACAACGCCAAGCUGGACACCAGGCUGCUCUACCCCAUCUCCAAGUACCAGCAGGACCAAGUGGUGAAAGAGGACAGCGUGGAAGCCGUCGGGGAGCAGCUAAAGGUCUAUCACCAGCAGUACCAGGACAAGAGCUGGGAGUACGACCUGCUGUAUGAGGAGUACACACGCACGUCCCAGGAGCUGCAGAUGAAGAGGACGGCAAUCGAGGCCUUCAAUGAGACGAUCAAGAUCUUUGAGGAGCAGUGUCAGACGCAGGAGAAAUGCAGCAAGGAGUACAUCGAGCGCUUCAGGCGGGAGGGCAACGAGAAGGAGGUGCAACGGAUCCUCAUGAACUCGGAGAAACUCAAGUCUCGCAUCACAGAGAUCCACGACAGCAAGAUGAAGCUGGAGCAGGACCUGAAGAAACAAGCCUCGGAGAACCGGGAGAUCGACAAGCGCAUGAACAGCCUCAAGCCAGACCUCAUGCAGCUGCGCAAACUGCGGGACCAGUAUUUGGUGUGGCUGACGCAGAAGGGUGCCCGGCAGAAGAAGAUCAACGAGUGGCUGGGCAUCAAGAACGAGACAGAGGAGUGA